GUAACUUGAGUCUAGUGACGGGUACACAUGGCGUAGGCGAUCAUGAUCUCACCGGACCGUUACCGUACCAAAGCGAUCCACGGACACACCCCAAGUAUGCCAGAGUCUACGGCAACAAGCAGUUCCAUGCUUACAUAGGACCCUACCUACAGGUCAGACUCCGGAAACCAUCGAUGGUGACGGGAUUUGUCACUCAGGGAAGACCCGGUAACGGUCAGUACGUGGAAACCUACAUUGUCCAGUACAGUACCAAUGGCACUUUGUGGCAGAUGAUCAAAGACACUAAUGGAGAAACAAAGACAUUUACCGGAAACAUUGACGUAAUCAGCCUUUCUGAAUCGAUCCUAAGUAACCCAAUCACGGCGUCAUACAUCCGGGUAACGCCUACAACUUGGAAAUACGCUCCGGGUCUCCGUCUGGAAAUCAUGGGAUGUCCCAUUCACCAGCUUGGACUUCGUCAGACUUGCUGGAAGGCAUAUUACGUCAUAGAGGCCCCCCGUUCCGACAUGUUUAGCGCAACAAGCCUCAACUUGGGAGAGUGUGGAAAGGAAUGUCAUAAUCAAAACAGGUGUCGCGCCUUCACCUUUAACCAAAGAUCAAGUUUAUGCCAAGGUUACAACCACACCAUCUUCCUCAACACGACGCUUACAAAUGGGACCAUGCCUAAUCUGGAUAAUUUAUUUCCACUUUUUGUAAAACAGAACGAUUGCUUAUAAGAACAAAUUCCCGAAGAACAUUCCAUCAGCCAUAUUUGCAGUGUA